AGUUGAUAACGUUUUAUUCGUAAUUAACUUCCAUUACUGUAAACAUAUAGUUGAUCACAAGGACCAUUUAUAUAAGUGUUUUAAAAUGAUACGGAUAUUAUGUUAUCCAUUGGUAUUGCUUCAUAUUUGUUAUUGUCUAGCGACAAACGAAACCGACUCCUACGAGAUAUACAUCGUCGUGCAGUCCAAGGAAAUACACUUAAAUAGUAUAAAGGAAUCUAUGGAAAUGUAUUAUUUUCAUUUCAAAAGCAAGAUAAAUAACAAGCUCUUUAUUUUCGAGAAGAAUAAUGGAAGUGAUAAGCGACGUUUACACACUGAUGAAUUGGAGGGUCUUCGUAAAUCAAAUAAUCAUAUUGAUCAGAUUGACCAGAGCCUGUUCUUUAACCAAGAAACGCCACUUGCAGCACAAACAGUUGCAUAUGAACAUGAUCCUGAAGAAAACAAUUUAAUGUAUGUGUGUCCACCCGUUUUCGAUGAAGCCCUUGGUAUCGACCGGACUUGGUCUCACACAAAUAUCACGGGAAGGGGUGUGGUCAUUGGCGUUACAGACGUUGGAAUUGAUACAGAGAAUAUCCAUCUUAAACAAAACAUUAAUCACAAUUUAUCUUUCAACUUCGUUGAUAAUCACCCUGUUACGAAUCCAACUCAGAUAUGGGAAAUAAUCGAAAGUAAAAAACUAACAAGUCAUGGUAAUGGAUGCGCGGGGCUUAUAUCUGGUGCAAAAACGAAUCAAUAUUGUGAUGCAUGUGGAGUUGGUGUCGCAUAUAAUUCAAAAGUGGCAGAUUUGCAAAUAGCAAAGAUAACGAAAAGGUUCUGGCAGUAUCCAAAGUUUAAUUCGGCAACGUACGCAGCUGCCCUAGCACACAAGCCUGAUGAAAUUCAUAUUUAUUCAAAUAGUUGGGGUAUAAACAAGCCUUUCCACAGUCCAAUGUUUUGGGAGGACGACGUUUUGACCGAAGGAAUGAAAAAUGGAAGACGAGGAUUGGGGUCAGUUUACGUUUUUCCGGCUGGUUUCCCCGGAGCAGCCUUUUCGAACCAUAUUGCAACAGUGACAGUGGCCUGCUUAGGAUUUAACGGUGCUGUUCAUGAAGUUAGUAAGGUCAAUUCUGCUGUCCUCGUUUCCGUCUUUUGCAAUGGACGUUCUCGUUCGGACACAAGAAUGAUAACAGUUGGACAUGACAGUGAUUCCUGUCUUACUGAAUUUGGCGGUGAAUCAGCUGGUUCUGCGAUUGUGUCAGGAAUAAUUGCCCUUUUACUGGAAGCAAAUCCCGAGUUGUCAAGUAGAGAUGUCAAACAUAUACUCAUACAGUCCUCAGGACACAUGGGGAUUGAGGCAUCACCCGAAUUCCUUCAGAAUGCGGCAGGAUAUAUGUAUCAUCCGAAUUUAGGGUUUGGUUAUCCAAAUGCUACAAUGAUGGUUUCGAUCGGGUCUAACUGGAAAUCGUUACAGCCGUUGUCCAAAAAGACCUUAGAGAUUGCAAAAGAUGAUUUACAAAUUAGAUCGACAUAUAUGUACGAGCGAGUGUCAUAUGUUGAUACCUUCUGUGACAGCACGCAAUGUAUUGACAUAAUGGAAGAGGUAGUUUUUGACGCAAACUUUAUUUACACCGAACAACAUUACAUGAAGUUAUGGGUCGUCUCGCCAAAUGGCACAAUUUCAACUUUGACCGAGACUAAACCAGUGAACAACCAAGAGAAGAGCCGACGACGAGUUCAAGCAAAAUUUCGAAUCAAUCACUUCUGGGGUGAAAAUAGUUCUGGGCGUUGGCGUAUAUACAUUUCUUGCAACAUCUCGAAGAACGAUGAAGAUGCAUUUUAUGACUGUCACAUCGCUCAUGGCAAAUUGUUCAUAUACGGUAUCGUGCAGAAAAGAAAUUUCGGUUACGAUAAGGAUACAAGCCAUCUUCAAGCUGUGGUGAAUAAAAAACAAUCAAGUACGACGAUGGUGAACUAUUCUGAGAUUAAACCAACAACAGUUGAAAAAAGGACGCAGAAAAAUGUCGCAAUUUUUAUCGAAGUUUCAUUUCUUGCACUGUUGUUGUCGUUACUAUAUAACUUUAAAGUGCUGUGACAAAUGAAUGAAAGUUCUAACUUUGCUUUUAUGACUUGUUACACUAUGCGAUG